UUGCAGGCCCAUCUCAAGAAUUUUAUGUGUUCUUGAGCAAAGGGAUUCCAAUCCAAGAGGUCUUGCUAUCUAUUAACGGUUUGUUAAUAUACUUGAAAUGGUAUGUGGUUGGGCCUAUCCUUCUUACAAUCGGAAGACGAACCAUUCAUCUUUCUUGUACUCGUCGGUUUAUUUGUUUGUCGAUCGUGUGAAUCAAUCGAGGAAGACGCUGGAAAUCCGCCGGUGCUACCCAUGGCGUACGUUGAGAGAGAUCUGAGUUAAACUGCAAAGGAUUAUGGAUCAUCAUAGCCUAGAAAUGGAAUCUAGACAAAGUCAUUCUUUUGGUCGGCUGAGUGCUGCUAAUUCUUCGAGGCGACAAUCUUUAUCAUCUGCACAAUAUGAUGAUACCAUUGAAAGUGAGAGUGUCUCAGAGGCAGGUGAUAUUGGGGAUAGGAUUCUUCACAGCAACCGUUGCAGUGCAAGUGGCCGGAGUCACUUCUCCUUAGAUAACGGUUCAGUGGUUCCAAUUCAAGAUAAUAUUCUGUCGUCUACCUCUCUCCCAUCACAUUUGGAAAAGUUGCCCUCUCCUUCUGUUGAUUUACAAACGGAUUCUGAAGAAAAUAAAAAAGACAAGAAAGAAGUGCAUUUUGUAUUGCAGUAUGUUUCAUAUCUUCUUACACUUGCUGUGUUUGGAAUUCUUGGGGUUCUAGCCAGAUAUUGCCUCCAAAAACUCUUUGGACCGGGGGUAAUUGGUGCAACAAGCGAUGGAAGCUAUAUGUACCUGGAUCUUCCUUCGAACAUGGUUGGUUCAUUUCUGAUGGGCUGGUUCGGUGUUGUUUUUAAAGGAGAUAUCUCCAUGGUUUCAGACCAACUAGCUAUUGGAUUGACAACUGGUUUCCUUGGGAGUCUUACAACUUUCAGUGGUUGGAAUCAGAAGGUGCUCGACCUCUGUAUUGAAGGUCACUGGAUCUUUGCCGCGCUUGCUAUAUUUAUAGGUUUGUUUUUAGUUGCCUAUUCGAUUAUAUUUGGUAUCGAGACAGCCAAGGGAUUUAGAUGGCUAUGCAAGCAUUCGAAUAUAAAAUCCUUCUUCGGCAUUCCCACUUGCCUCCGUGCUUGCAAUUUAAACAAGUCUAAUUGCCUUCUGACAAUUAUGGCAAUGUUUCUAUUGAUGCUUGGCUUGCUGUGGGGCUUGUUUGGAGCUUUAGCUAAAAAUAACUUUGAAAGUGGCGGUAGCAAGGCUCAGUUGUUCUUAGCUUGCAUGGUUGGACCUUUUGGUGUUUGGAUGCGAUGGUUCUUAGCGCGUUUUAAUGGUCGUGGCUUAGGAAUAGCCGGCCACGUAAAAUGGAUGCCACUUGGAACACUUGCUGCCAAUGUUCUUGCAGCUUCUUUGAUGGCUGCACUCACCACUUUGAAGAAAACAGUAAAAACUAAGAGUUGUGAUACAGCAGUGUCAGGGAUUCAAUUUGGGCUACUUGGUUGUCUCAGCACAGUUUCAACUUUCAUUGCUGAGUUUCAUGCAAUGAGGGAAAGCUUGCAUCCAUGGAGGGCCUAUGCUUAUGCAAUGGUUACUUUUGUGUUAUCAUUUCUCUUGGGAACACUUGUAUACUUGGUGCCCGGGUGGACUAGGGGAUACGACUAAGAAAGAAUAUGAAUUCAUCGAUCAACUUGGCCGGACUGGUUGUGUAGCUGGAAUGAUCUGAUCUUGUGCAAAAGUUGUACCAUUAUCAUGGUUUUAGUAGUCUUCUUGUAUGUCAAAUCCUGUCUCAGUAUCAUAUCCUUGUAUUAAACUUUCAGCUAAAUGGAUUUCACCAUGCUAUAAUUGCAAAAGUCACAAUUCCAGUUU